AUGGUGCCACCAGUUCGCCGACGACCAAAGGUUCCGCGAAGAAGAGCCUACGCUGUCAAUGCAAUAGUCUACCGAAAAGCGGAACAUGGUAGCCCAGAAAACUUCAUUCUCACACACCCAUUCCCCCGCGAGUACUUCACCGCACUGGUCGCUGGAAAGAGCUUUCACAAAACCAUUGAUGUUAUUAAACGGUCGAAGGAUCCUAUCGUCCAAAAACUAUACGAUGCUCAAUACAACUUUAUAAACUGCCUGCAACAAGAAAUGGAGUGUACAGAGAAGACUGCUGAGACGACGGAAGUGUUUUUGAGUGAAUUGGAAGAAGCCUGGCAGACACAACUGCCUUUCAGCCAAGAUGCCUACACGGCGGAAUCGUAUGCAGAUGGAUUACGUCGCGCAAAAGAAAGAGAUGUUAACCGCGAGCGGAUGUUUAAGGAAACUGGUAGAGAGUAUAAACCGAAUGAAGAAGAGAAGAUAGAACGUCAAUAUCAGGAACAAGUAUCCGCCGAGCGCGAGCGAAACAAAAAACGUGAGAAAAGUUUUAGAGGACAUCUUCCAAAAAAUCGUCAAAGAAAUAUUAAAGAGGAGAAACAGGAGGAACUAAAACACUUGUUGAAAAAAACCUUGCACUUACUAGUCAAGUGCCCACGUUGUGGAGUGCACAUGGGUUUGGCAGAAUUCACCUCAGUUAAAUACGAUGAUUAA